AUGAUACGUAGCUUCCGGUUUAGAGCUCCGACGAACCAUCCCGGUUCCUCCAUCAAAACCGACCACAGUCACCGGCUAAUCAGGUUUCCGACGAGAUGCUCGUCACCAGAUCUCAGCCAUUACACGGUUCUUGGUUUGACUCCUUUUGCAUCUCAAGCCGAAGUCAAGCGGGCUUUCAAACGUCUCGCUCUUAAGUACCAUCCAGAUGUGCAAAAGGGAAAGGAGAAGGAUUUCAAGGAGAUCAUAUCAGCCUACGAGUGUUUGAUGCAAAAGUUUGAGAAUCAAGAAGAAGAACUAGAGGAGAUUACAGAAUUGGAUGAAACCGACGAGUGGGAGGAAUGGAUGGGGUUCGAAGGUGGGAUACCCUCAAGCGUGUACACUUCUUUUUAGAGAAAAUAUCAACGUGUACUUGUUACAAUAGAGGUAGAGUCAGAUAAACCAAU